AUGCAGCAGCUAGUCUCCAUUAUUCACCAAGCGCUUGUAAUCCUUGGACGCCCAUUUCUUGCUAUUUCGAAUGCACUUAUUAAUUGUCAAAGUGGAGUACUGAAGCUCACUUUUGGGAAUAUGACAUUGGAGAUGAAUGUGUUCAAAGCUUGCAAGAUGCCUAGUGGAUGCGACGAUUCAGAUGUGCAUGUUGUUGAUAUGGUAUAUGAUUUUGACGUUUUAGAGUUGUUAUCAGUAUUUGAUUCUGAGAGUGCAUCUGAGGAUGGCUUUCCCGAAGUUGACAGAAUCAGAUGGGUAGUUGACAGAGACAACUGGGUCUCUUCAGCUAUCAGAUGGAUCAUUUCUUCUCAGCUCGCAUUGAAGCAGGAAGCAGAGUUAUUAAAAGUGUUGAGACAUCAUCGAGGAGAUGCAAGACCAGUUCAUGAUGCACAGCGGAGGUUGAAUCCUACCAUGAAGGAGGUGGUGAAGAAUGAAGUGCUAAAAUUGUUAGCUGUGGGCAUCAUCUAUCCUAUCCCCGACAGCAAGUGGUGUCGUGCGCUUCAUGGUUCACAGACAUUGAGAAUUGCCUUGUCACUGACCAGAUGCCAGAGCAUUAGACAACCCAGGACAAGCCAUCGUGCUUUAUGGGCUAUUAAGCAAAUUAACUUUUCACUUAAUGCUGCUAAAGGUUUAAGAAAGUUACAGAUCUCAAAGUUUGAUGAAGCAAGGAGGGAGGCUCACGAAAAUUCUGACUUGGUAAAGGAGCGUGAAGGCCUUGCAUGA